GUUGCGAAUUGAUAAACGAUCACCACUUUUCGAUAAGCUCAAGUUGUUAACAAGUGUGAACAUACUUAUUUCAUCCAAUUUACAGUCGACCAACACCUCUCUAAUCACGUACAAAUAGCAGUUUUCAACUUAAUAAAAUUUCCGUAGUUACAAAAUGAUCUCGAGACUGGCACUGGUGCUCUGCCUUAGUUUUGGUACAUUUGGAAAUCCUGUUGUGCCACAAAAUUUUUCCGACGCCGCUCCUUCCGCCCUACUAGACUAUGCUCUGCCCAGAAUUGUCGUACCGGACCAUUACGAUGUCACCUUAAUCCCAUACUUCGAAAAUGCGCCCAGCGAAUUGUCUAAAUUUAGUCUCAACGGCGUUGUCAAGAUUUGGGUGAAGUUGACGCAGCAAACAAAAAUUAUUCGGAUGCAUACCUACGAUAUGAAGAACUCCAUCUCAAAAGAAGACGUGACCGUGACCCCAGUCAGCAAUCCCUCUCUCGAAUUAGCAAUUGCCUCCGUCGUGCAGAGCGACGACGACAAACAAUUCUUGACCAUCACCCUUGUGAAUAACAUUCCCGGAAACUCAAACUUGAUCAUCACAAUUUAUUUCGUGGGCAAAAUCAAUGACGAGUUGGACGGUUUCUAUCGCAGUUCCUAUGUCAACUACCGAGGAGACAAAAAGUGGCUUGGAGUGACGCAGUUCGAACCGACCGGUGCUCGACGCGCUUUUCCGUGCUUUGAUGAGCCGUGGUUCAAAGCGACGUUCACCCUGCACAUUGCGAGAGAGCCUUUGAGAGAAGUCACGUCAAACAUGCCCAUUGAAACCGAGAAUGCUGAAGUAUCUGGCGAUUUUCACAAAGGUUGGGUGUGGGUUAAUUUUAAGGAGUCAGUCAAGAUGCCUACAUAUCUGGUGGCUUUUGCUGUGCACGAUUUUGGAUCGGUUGGCACCGUCAACAAAGGAAAAGAUUACAGGGUACUAGCACGGCGCGAGUUUGUCGACAGUUCUACUUCCUAUGCCCUAGAAAAGACCCCUCUCAUAGUUGAUUAUAUGGAGUUCUUCACUGGCCACCCCUACGCAAGUGGCAUGAAAGUCGAUCAAAUCGCCCUUCCCGAUUUUGCCGCCGGAGCGAUGGAAAACUGGGGCCUCAUAACCUACAGAGAGGCUAAUCUGCUUCACGACAAAUUAUUUUCGACCUCCGCAAACAAGCAACGCAUUUUGACCAUCGUGGCGCACGAACUCGCCCACCAGUGGUUCGGAAAUCUCGUCAGCCCCGAUUGGUGGAGCGAGAUUUGGUUGAACGAAGGAUUUGCGACGUACUUUGAAUAUUUCGCUUCCAACUUUUUUGAGACUUACCAACUGGACCUCGCCUUUAUCAUGGACAGACUGCAUCCUGCCUUCGAAGUUGACUCAAGAGUCUCGACUCACGCUUUGACUAACGAUAAAGUCGACUCGCCAGCUUCGGCCACGGCCGCAUUUGAUACUAUCGCAUACAACAAAGGUGCUGCCAUUGUUCGUUUCAUGAUCACCGUCGUUGGCGAAACAAACUUCCGAAAUGGAAUAAAAAACUAUUUGACAGCAAAUGAGUACUCCAGUGUGACAAAGGACAAAUUGUGGGCCAGCCUAACCCCUGUCGUUCCUGAGGGUGCGUUGCCGGACAGGGUCACUUUCGCGCAGGUGAUGGACACGUGGGUGGAUUUGCCAGGCUUUCCACUGAUCAAAGUGACGAGGAACUACGAAACGAAACAAAUGAAUUUUGAGCAGGAGAGAUUUUUCUCAACAAAGCAAACAGCUCAAAGUCCUGAAAAGUGGUUUAUUCCGAUUACGUUCGUAACGCAGAAAAGUAAUGGAAACUGGCAAGAUACGUCAACGAAAGGUUGGCUCAAGCCGAACGAAGUUUUGACUAUCACCGACAAUGAUUUGGAUAAGACUGAGUGGGUCGUUUUGAAUCCCAGAAUUACAGGCUACUACAGAGUUCAGUAUGACGAAGAAAAUUGGAAGUUGAUCACUGCCACCCUUAACGACAAAGAAAAGUGGGUAAUCAUAACCGACUUCAACAGAGCGCAGUUGAUCGACGACUCAAUGGCUUUAGCCAAAGGCGAAUACUUACCGUACGAAACUGCUCUGUCGCUGACCGAGUACCUGAGCCACGAAACCGAGUAUUUGCCGUGGUUCACCGCCAUCAAGGCAUUCAGCUUCCUUGGCGACAGAUUGGUUGACGAGGUUGAGGAUUCGCGUCAAUUCUACACCGCCUACGUUUCAAGCAAAUUGUUGCCGCUGUACAGAUCGGUGAACGGAUUUGACUUUGAAGAAACAGACGGCCACGUUAAAAGGUUGAAAAAGAAUCUCAUUCUGCAGUGGUCUUGCAAUUUGGGCGACGACGCUUGCAGAGGAGAAGCAGUUGCGCGUUUCCAAGAGUGGAAGAGUCGCUCAUCGCCCGAUUUCCAAAAUCCAAUUGAUCCUGAUCUGAGGAGCGUAAUUUAUUGCCACGGUAUGAAAAGCAAGGAAGACUUUGAUUUCCUUUUUGAGAGGUACACAAAAGCCCAGAGCAUGCCUUCAGAAAUGAGCACUAUUUUGACCUCACUUGGCUGCGCACCCACCACGGAACUUCUUCAAAAAGUAUUGGACGAGACAAUAAAAACUUCAGGCUCUUUGAUCCGUUCUCAAGACACAAGAGAUGCUUUCGUAGCCGUCAUUAGAAACCCUAUGGGCAUCAACAUUGCACUUGAUUUUCUGGUUACCAAAUUUGCAGAUAUCAAAGUCACGUACCAGGCAUUUGGAUCUGUCAGUAGAUUAUUUGGAGCCAUCGCGCCCAAACUGAACACUGAGGCUCAAAAAGCAAAGUUGCAAAAAUUCUUGACUGACAACCCGAGUGAGCCUGAAAAUAUCAAGGCGGCCGUUCGAGCUGCGAUUGCUGUUGUUGAUGAAAACAUUGCCUGGUUGCAGAAAAACAAAAAGACCGUGCUGAACUUUUUUGAAGACCGAGUCGGCGGAUCUGCGGGGAUCGCUAUUGUGUCACCUUUGCUGUUGCUGACGGCCGCUGUGGCCAGUUACUGGGUUUAGCACAGACGAAAUUGUAAAAUAUACAAAAUUACGCAGAUCUUCAUUAAAUAAUAAUAUAAUAAAAAUCAUUUUUACUAAAAACAUGAAUUUUAAAUAAA